AUGGGUGGUGUUUUGAUGCAGCAUGUUUGUUUGUCGUUCCCAAGAAUUGCACUUGAUUUCUAUUAUGCAGCAAGGGAUGCUAUACUUCACUAUGCAAUCUCACUUUACAAAUUGGAAUCAUUGGAAGAAGGAAAGAGUAUUUCUAAACCAAAGUUGAGAACCGAUGGUAUAAUAUGGAUGAUGUUAUUGUUGCUUGUUAAACUGUGGAAUACGGUCUUGGCGAGGUACCGUCGGCCUCCCCCCGUGUCGGAGCAACCACCAGACGGCGGCAGCACCGAGCAGGAAGCAGCAGAAAGAGAGAGAAGGAGAGAGGAAAGAGAGGAGAGAGGGAGAGCGCGCAGCAGGGGCCCGACUUCGCGGCGUCGCCCCGGCCAACUCCGGCGGCCAUUUCCGGUGAUUUCAAGUGCCACGGACUCCCAAGAUGAUGAACUUUCAGAUGAGACCAGUGGCACCCCGUUUGGUGGCCGGAGGAAAGAGAACCGGCGAGGGAAAGUUGGAAGAAAAUCAUAUGGGUUUCUCGGUUUCCGAUCACUUUUCUGGCGAUCCGACCGUCGGAUCGGAAAUCCGAGGCCACCGAUGGACUCAGGACGACGAGAUCUUCGAGAUAGGACUGGUCCCGCUCCGAUCGGACACUGUUUGAAAAAGGCGAUAAUCGGACGGUCCAGAUCGCUUGGUGCGAUCGGAUCGAGGAUAGCUCACUGGCGUCGGGACUGCAUUUUCAGCCAGAUCCGGCUGCCCGACGGCCCGUCUCAGAAUGUGGUCAAUAUUACAGUCAAUCCUAGCAUUUUCAGACGUUCUGGACGCGUUCCAGGUGUCAGAAUUGGCAUAGGUAAACCCGAACUCCAAGUUGCUCAUUUUCGACGAAUAUCGAUUUAGAAUAAAAUUCAUAAAAUAUUCGUGGAUGAUCGAAAAAUUAUAAUUCCUUUUGCAAUAGUCUUAUAAUAUU